UUUUCCACCACAUCCUUCCUUCCUCUCGCUCACUUUCACUCAAAUGAGAACUUACGUGAAAUGAAAUUACUUCAGUAAAACAGUUAAGAAGCAACUGGCAAGCGAGAACUACUAGACCAAACUGAAUUCCAAGUCCCAUUCCAGCACCAUAGCCUACAUGUAAGCCAACCUCACAUUACCUGUUCUCUCCUCUUCCACCCCUCAGUGUGCGGCCCCACUGUGGAUCCCCAGCCCCAGCGAGCGGCGGGGGGAGGCAGAGCCAGAGGCUGAGGCAGCCUGAGGCAGAGGGCACAGCGCUAGCAGGGCCAUGAACGUCACCGGGUACCAGCAGCAGCAGGGGGGUUUUCGGACAUGCCGAGGCACACUCAGGGAGAGGGAUCCUAGGCAGGGUGUCGGCAUGGAGACAGCCUGCUGCCUGGCCCCUGGAGCCCUGCGCAGACUGAUUGAGCUGCCGUCUCCCCCGCUCAACCGCCACCAGCUGAAGAGACUGGAGGAGCACAGGUACAGCAGUGCAGGUCGCUCCCUGCUGGAGCCUCUGAUGCAGCGCUACUGGGAGUGGCUGGUGGGCCGCGUGCCAGCCUGGAUCGCCCCCAACCUCAUCACCAUCGUGGGCCUGGCCACCAACGUAUUCACCACCCUGGUGCUGGUCUACUACUGCCCCACCGCCACUGAACAGGCACCUCUGUGGGCAUACCUUCUGUGUGCUGUGGGCCUGUUUGUGUACCAGUCAUUGGACGCCAUUGACGGGAAGCAGGCCAGACGAACCAAUAGUAGCUCUCCACUGGGUGAACUGUUUGACCACGGCUGUGACUCCCUCUCCACAGUGUUUGUGGUCCUGGGUACCAGUAUAGCAGUGCAGCUGGGCACCAACCCUGACUGGAUGUUCUUCUGCUGUUUCGCUGGCAUGUUCAUGUUCUACUGUGCACACUGGCAGACCUACGUCUCUGGCACCCUGCGCUUUGGCAUCAUUGAUGUGACUGAGGUGCAAAUCUUCAUUAUAAUCAUGUAUUUGCUGGCCGCUGUGGGAGGAUCCGCUUUCUGGCAGUCACUGAUCCCAGUCAUAAACAUCCAAAUGAAAGUAGUUCCAGCCAUCUGCACUUUCUUAGGCGCCAUCUUUUCCUGUACGAAUUACUUCCGGGUUAUAUUUACCGGAGGUAAGGGCAAAAAUGGAUCCACAAUAGCAGGAACCAGUGUCCUGUCUCCUGUGUUACAUAUAGGCUCAGUAAUAAUACUGGCCAUGAUGAUCUAUAAGAAGUCAGCUAUCCAGUUGUUUGAGAAGCACCCCUGUGUUUAUAUCCUGGCCUUUGGCUUCGUGUCGGCCAAGAUCACCAACAAAUUAGUUGUAGCACAUAUGACAAAGAGUGAGAUGCAUCUCCAUGAUAUAGCAUUCCUGGGGCCAGGCCUGCUGUUCCUGGACCAGUAUUUCAACAGUUUUAUUGAUGAAUACCUGGUGCUGUGGAUUGCGCUGAUCCUGUCUUUCGUUGACUUGGUGCGUUACUGUGUCAGUGUUUGCAACCAGAUCGCCUCCCAUCUUCACAUCUUUGUCUUCCGAAUCAAGCCACUGACCCCCUCCACCCUUCAGUGAGGGCACGGACGCCAUUGCUGUCUAUCGCUCUCUCUCUCUCAUGUUAGUUAGUAAGUUGUUGCUCUUUGACCGUUUUUUUUGUGUUUGUUGAGGCAGGGUUGGGGUGGAUGUGUGUGUGGAGCUAUGAUGUGGAUGGAGCUAUUACCAGUAGCGGAGCUGCCAAGUGAAUGUGGGCAUAAAUUAAAUAUAACGAGUUAAUAAUAAUGAUGAUGAUAAUAAUAAGUUAUUGUCCAUUGCUGCUUUGUGCAAUUUGUGUUGAUUUCAUCUUGUUACAUUAAUAACAUUCCUGGACAAAAAUAAUGCUUUGUCUCUUCUGAAAUGAAUAGUCACAUUGGACAUGUACUGAAUGCUCUUCUCGGUGCCAGAGGGUGAAUAAGGGCAAGAAGACUGCAAGGGGCUUGAAUAGGUGCUACCUUAUUCAUUUAAUGAUGAUCAUUAUUAUUUUCUUAUUGAACUUUAAAAUAAACAUUUCAUGUGUUGACAUAGUGUGUUUGUUGGUCUCUACAAGGAAAUGUACAGCAUCGAAAGAGAUUUACACAGGUUGUCAGUCUGCUUUCAGUUGUUUCGUAAGAGUGUCAUGUCUUUAUUAAAUGUAUAUAUCAUUUUGAAAUAUUUGCAUAACCUCACUUUUCGGUUUCACAAAUAUCAAACUAUUAGGUUGUUGGUAUUUGUAGUGUUCUUUUAUUUCAAAAAGGUUUAUCUGGCAUACAGUAUCUUAUCAAACCUACAAAGGUGGUACAUUACCUUGCAAUUACAUUCAAAUGAUGAGAUGAUUUCUGUAAUAUAUUACAGAUAUAAACUGCAUGACUAAAAACAAAUUCUUGUAAAGAUACAAAUUGUAUUGCACAUUUGAAAAGAUAAGUGUCUCAAGCCUUGCUUCCCUGAAAUGGCUCAAGCAUACAUUGUCUCCAAUGCCACCAACAUUACAGUGCUUAUGGCACUACAUGCAGUUUUGCUAGCGCUUGUCAUGCAUACUAUUCUGUAUAUCCAGUUUAAUAUUGCUUUUAAAUAGUUGAAUGUGUAACAUAUAUAAUUUACAUUUUUAGCAGCAGAGUUUCUUGCUUUUGAAUUGUGUGCCUGUUUAUUAUUGUAUUGUCCUGUUGCACCUCUGCCCUCUCAGAUACUGUCCUGUUGCAUUUGUCUCAGGAAUGCUCAACGAAAACUAAAAUGCCAAGUGUUAUUGAAAAGUAUUGAUGUGAUUUUUGUCCCCCAAAAAUGUAGUCAUUCUCAUUGGAAGCUAAAGAUGUUGUCUGUGCUUGCUCAUAUCUAGAAUCUAAGGACGUUUUAAUUUUACUUCAAAUUAUUUUGAAAUGACCUUGUAACACAUCUACAAACAACUUUCUUUGUGUAGAACAUUCUGCCCUGUGCCAGGUCCAUGUACAGCAAUUGAGUGUUUUGGGAGAAUUGGGGAGUUUCAAUGUGACAGAAAAAUUAUAUUCUAACUGUGCCCUAAUCUUAUUUGUCUGUACAAUGUUUUUGCCUCUACCUGCAGUCUGCUUAUAAUUCACCAUCAGAAUCAAUGAAAAACAGACUUUCUGUGUGUAAUGUUAUUGAGCUCAUUUGACAAUGUGUACUAGUAAUUUUCAGACAAGUAAAAGGUUGCCUUAAACACCAUUUUUUUCUUCUUCUUUUGGAAGAUAACAUGCCCCUAAUUUGUUUGAGGCUUGAUCUUUGUCUCUGUGUGUGUUUACUGGCCAAAGCUUGUGUUUUCUUCCUUGUUACUGUUGUUUUCUUUUAGCCAGACCGUCAAGCUCAGGUAUAUUAGUGUGCAGAAUAGUAUGUUCACAGGCUGUGAGAAAAUAACUUCAAGAUCACUUCGACAAUCUCUCCCUCACCUACCAAUGCAAAUAAAAUGUCAUUCACACAUGUAAGAAGCUA